AUGGCCCGAGUCAGGCACCGUAGAGAUGGUCAAGAGAAUCAUGAAAGUCCAGACACAGAUGAGGGGCAGAGCACAGCUAGCAAUAAGGCAAGAACGCCCGGGACUAAAUAUGAUCUCCUUGCGCUAUUCAAGAAAGCCGACGCGGAAAAGAUCUGCAUGGAGCCCUUCGAAUACACCAGGUCUCUUCCCGGCAAGAAUACCGUUGGUAAGGUUAUCGAAAGCUUGCGGCCUUGGUUAAUUAUAUCCGAUCAUUCUGCGGCGGUCCUUACGGACGUUAUGACUAUGUUGCAGAAUUCAUCCUUAAUGCUAGAUGAUAUUGAAGACGGUUCUCAACUUCGACGCGGGGCUCCCGCUGCGCACGUUAAAUUCGGCCUGGGUCAAACGAUAAACAGCACUACGUAUAUAAUUGCAAAAGUUCUCUCCGAUGUUCAGACCCAUCUCAGACCAGAGUGUGCCCAAGUCCUGUCCGAGGAGCUCCAAACUCUCACCUUAGGCCAGGCUCUCGAUCUCAACUGGACAUUCCAUAAGAAAUGUCCCAGCGUACACGACUAUCUUGUCAUGAUCGACCACAAGACCGGAGGAUUCUUCCGUCUGAUGCUUCGGAUCAUGGAGAUUGAAGCGAAUACUACGCCUAACGAGAGGUUACGUCAUUUGAUUACUCUCCUGGGGAGAUACUACCAAAUCAAGGAUGAUUACCAGAACCUAGCUUCGGACGAGUAUACCGCCAAGAAGGGCUUCUGCGAUGAUCUUUCCGAGGGAAAGUUUUCAUUUCCUCUUAUCCAUCUGCUUGAGCAGAGUCCCAAUGCCAGUACACUACACAAGAUGAUCUUCGACCGACCACCUGUGGUGGAGGGGGAAAUGUCUGAGGCGACAAAGUCGUAUAUCAUUGCGCAAAUGGAGGAGAUAGGUAGCUUGCAGUAUACGCGGCAGGUUUUGGAUGAUCUCAUGGACUCAAUUUGGGAGAUGGUAGAGAAAGUGGAAGAAGCCAUGGGCGAGAAUAUAGGUUUCAAGACUCUUUGCAAAAUAUUGAAGCUGUGA